UCUGUCACAUCCACCCCGAGGAAAUAAGGUUUCACCAAAACCUAGCACUAAGCCGGAAAAGUGUUUCUCCGCCGUCGCAUUUAUUUGCUGAGUUGUUUGACUGGCUGAAGUGCCAUUUAUGCCUUCGAUUAGACCACCAUUCUACCGGAGCCGAGGACAGGAGUGGUCGCCUCUGAGUUCAGCUCCGCACCUGCGCGUCUCCAAGAUGUCCCGAUUGAAACCCGUCCAAUAUCUGUGUGCAACAUGAGAUCUCAUCGCACCGUUCGGGAUUGACGCUAUAGAGUGAAGCUUUCGAGUGAAGAGUGCAGAUGCCAAGCAAUAGAGGAUGAUUGACAGAAGGCAAAGCUGAGACGGCCGUCAGUCAACAUCCAGCCAGAGAGUCGAUUCAUCAGUGUCAGAAGCCUUGCUCUCUCUCCAGCCCGACCGAUCACUUCGUUUUCUCUCCCUCCACUUCUCUCAUCUCUGCUGGCACCCCGACCUUGCCCCUUCCCAGCGGACACAAUAAAGACCAGAGGUGGAGAUAGAAGCAUCAUCCUUGACGAACUUUCAGUGUCCAAAGCGAAGCUGGUAUGCUGCUGCCCCUCUUCUGUCCCACGUUCAGCAAAAGUUGGAUUAUUUUGUAAACCAGACCCAGAUCCUCCUCUACGUUCCCUCUUUCUCUAUCUCUCCUUCUCUCAUGAAUCUUUGAGAGGAAGGGAGCAGGAGGAUACUUUACAUCACAGUGAAUAGUCUAUUAGAGGGGCGGCCCAAAUAAAGGAAACAGCCAUGCGUUUCCCACUGCUCUUGACACUGCAGGCAUCAUGGCUGACUGUUUGUGUGGCCACACAGCACUAUCCCACAACCUGGGGACACUACGACUUGUGCAAGUCACAUGGCUACACGGAUGAAGGCCCGACCUGGUAUUACAUGGCCUGUCAGCCCGAAGCCGCGGACAUGACCAAGUACCUAAAAGUGUUUCUUGACCCACCCAACAUCACUUGUGGAGACCCACCAGAGACCUACUGCACCCUGGAAAACCCAUAUAUGUGCAACAACGAGUGUGAUGCUGCCACAGAAGAACUGGCUCACCCCCCUGAGCUCAUGUUCGACUUUGAGGGCCGCAACCCCACCACUUUCUGGCAGUCAUCCUCCUGGAAGAAGUACCCUAAACCUCUGGCUGUCAACAUAACCCUGUCAUGGAACAAGACCAUUGAGCUGACCGACGACAUUGUCAUCACUUUUGAGUCGGGUCGGCCGGAGCAGAUGGUUCUGGAGAAGUCUCUGGACUAUGGACGUAGCUGGCAGCCCUACCAGUUCUACGCCACCGACUGCCUUGACGCUUUCACUAUGGAGCCCAAAACGGUGAGGGACAUUACCCAGCACACAUUGCUGGACAUUAUCUGCACCGAGGAAUAUUCCAGAGGUUACGUGUGGAAGAACGACAAGACUGUACGCUUCGAAAUCAAAGACCGCUUCGCACUGUUCGCCGGCCCCAAGCUGCACAAUAUGGCCUCGCUGUAUGGACAACUGGACACAACCAAGAACCUGAGAGACUUUUUCACCAUUACUGACCUGCGCAUACGUCUGCUCAGGCCUGCCACGGGCGCCACCAUGGUGGAUGAGAACAACCUUUCCAGAUACUUCUAUGCCAUCUCUGACAUUAAAGUACACGGCAGGUGCAAGUGCAACCUUCAUGCCAACAGCUGCAUCUAUGACAAAGAGAAACUGACUUGUGAGUGUGAGCACAACACCACGGGGCCUGACUGUGGCCGCUGUAAGAGGAAUUAUCAGGCCAGAGCUUGGAGUGCAGGGUCCUAUCUCCCCAUCCCCAAGGGCACAGCAAAUAUCUGUGUGCCAAAUAGUGUUGGUCCAGUUAACUGCGAAUGUUUCAGUCACUCCAAUCGCUGCAGUUACAUCGAGGUGCUAAACACCGUCAUUUGCGUGAGCUGUAAGCACAACACUAGAGGGCAGCACUGCCAGCUGUGCAAGCUUGGAUACUACCGCAAUGCCUCAGCAGAGCUGGACGAUGAGAAUGUUUGCAUAGACUGUAAUUGUAAUCCCUUUGGCUCAGACACUGAUCGCUGUAAUGGCACAGGAUAUUGUAAAUGUAAGGAGGGAGCAACAGGGGCUAAGUGCCAUGAGUGUCUGCCAGGAUAUUUGUGGGACAAUGGCUGCAAAUGUAAGUAGAACCUCCACCCAACCUGCAGCUUCAGUCCCCUGCUCUCGUUUGCCUCUGUCCCCCUGUCCCCCUCUACCCCUCCCUCCCUUCUUCUUUCCCUCUUUCUAUUUUCUCUGUUUGUUGCUUCUUUUUGGCUUAUCCGAGAAUGAGCAGCUUGGUUUGCUUACAGCACUUGGACUGACUUCCAUCCGAGGCUCAGUCACACCUGUUAUGCUGCCUUGUUAGUGGUUUAACUGCAGAAUUCAUUUUGAGAGAAUUAUUCGAAUCAUUUAUUAGCAUUGUUUUUAUUAAUAGUAUUAUUGUAGAAUUUUUCUCAAGCACAGAGAUAAACCAUGCAAACAAUCCCCGGGCACAAUCCCAUGCACGUGCAUUUGCGCAGAUGAACACAGGCAGCUGAGUUAAUAUUUGGAGUGAGCAGAACAUUUGACGCCUGCAUUGUUUUCUCUGGCUGUGUGCUGUUAUGGCCACACUGUGAUGGCUGGUUCUUCUCUCUUGGCUCCAAGCUCUGUGGUUGAAACGAUCUGUAGGUCAAGCAUUGAUUUGUAUUCUUCAAUAGGCUUCCAGCAUCAAAGGUCAACAUUUACCAAAGCCUCAGAUAUCACAAAGGGACUUUGGCUGUAAUAAUGUGAGACGGACAGUCCUGUAAAUUUGUGCAUAUUGAGUUCUGUGUAGCUUUAGACCCAACACUACAAGGCUGGUUUUGUUUAGAAGCAGAAUUUCACAACAUCACACGUCAUAAGAUUAAAGUAAACCAGAGCGUUUGGUACAAAUAGUGACAUGUGACAAAUGCACUCCCAUUACUGUCUGUUCUGGGAAACAUAUUGGAGAGAAAUAAAGAGACAUGACUCUUUAUACACAUCCAUCAUUCACCAGCAUGAGGAUGCAUUACCAUGUGUCUGUUUCAGCCAAUGGUAUGCACUAAGGUAAAGCACCAUAACCAUUUUAAUUUGAUGUUGUCAUCAGCAAAGACACUUUUCGUUAGACGUCCUAAACAAGAGAUUUAAAAUUGUUGCAUUUGUCUCAUUCAAAGUCCCAAAGGCCAUAAUGUGUGUGAUAAAUGCAAUCUAAGGCUCAUUUUCCUGACUCCGUCCAUCUGUAUGCAGAUUUUCGGUAUGCAAUUAAAGUUAAACUCUUUCUUCAAAUAAGCCUUUUCUUCCCAGCGCACCAUGCAAUCUACUGCUAUUCUCGCUAAAUAUUAUCCCUCUUAUCAAAAGCAAACCCAAUAAAUCGCUCAAUUUAUUCUCUUAUUACCGUUUAUUUACAUGCAAGCAAAUUGCAAAUGCAGAACUGGAGGUUUAGCAUGUUUUUCCUGCUUGUUACUGCACAUGCUUUAAACAUACAGAGCUUCUGUUGCUCUCUUAAAAUAGGUGCUUAUAUUUAUUAGAUGUCCAUGGGCUCUAGAGAGCAUGGCGUAGGCUAUAGAGGUUAAACUGUUUGUAGGACCAACAACAGAGUAAAUAGUUUCCAUGCCCCUCUCUAUUGGAAGGUAAAGGUGUUUGUUAGCACCCAUAACAACUAUAAAUCACUGACGCGGCUCUUCUUGCCUCAGCACCUUUUCCUGGUCAUCAGGGGAUAUCAAACUGAGGAGACAGAAAGAGUUGAACUCACAGGGUAAAGCAAAAAGACCCAAACUCUUGAGAGAUACAUUACCUGCAAAACUGUGCCUCUUUUAAGUCUUUCUUCAGAUGAAGCACAAGAACACUCUUGCCAAAGGCCACAGUUGUGGAAAAGGCAAUCGAUCAAUUUGCUCUCUUUCCCUCAAAGAGGAGGUGUUCUGAAACUCUUUCUACAGACACAAUCCACUCAUUACCUUACUUCUUUUUGUGCAAUCUCCUUUUCAUGAACAGUUUGGUAAAAGGCAACAUUGAUGUCUCAAUUGCAAAAAGUCAAUAUGUCGUACACUUGUGAAGAAUCAAUUCAUUUAUAAUAGGAAACAUCUACAGUAGUUUAAACAUGCUUUGGGCAGUUUGGGAGUUUAAAAAUCUCCUAUCCAGAACACUGAAUCAAUAAAGAAUCUCUAUUUUUUGAUUCAUCAUUUCUUUAUUGUUUCUUAAAGGGCAGACAAGACAGGUUAAAAUGUGCUCAGGUCAUGACUGCACCAAAACAGGAAAACAGGCACUGUUAAAAUAAAAAUAAAAUAAAUUGUAAAUACAGCAAAGAUUAUUAGAGUACAUUUUACAAGGAAAUACUGUUUCAAUGUUUAUACAAAAUUUUUGCAUGAUAUGACAUUUCUUUGGAAUUCUUUGAAAUUUACUAGCAAUUUCUGAGGGAAUGUAGUUUUU